AUGUCGGCAGCAUCCGGUGCGGAGCCAGAGCGUCAAGACGACAGCAAGACGGAGGCAUCCGACGACGGCGCCAUUCCCGAAUCACAGCUGCAACGGACGGAUCCCGACUCGAUCUUGGCGGACGAGGCCGACCCUGACAAAGUGCUCGGGGAAGAGUCUUCAAGCGAUGCUGCUGCAAAGAGCACGGCCAGUAGCGGUGAUGCGAAGGAGGGCGAAGAGUCUGCGGCACUGAAGCGUGCUUCUGCCGCCUCAGCCAUCUUCAGCCAAAGCGAAUCUCGUCCGCAGUCUCAGCUCCCGCCAUCGGCAGAGUCAAAUACGGACUCUGCUCCGGCUACAACAGACGCAUCAGACGCCGCGCCAUCGCAGGAGAUGUCGGUCGAAGAGCUCCAAGCUCAAGUCAAGGACUUGGGCAAUCAGGUUGCUGGCUUAAAUGACAAGCUCGUCAAGUCCUUCAACCGCAUCGCUGACCUCGAGGAUGACUAUUCCGAGGCACAAGAGCGCCUGGCCAGCAUGUCGACCAAGAUCAAGGAGCUCGAAAAGGAGCGUGCCGAGCAUCUUGCUGCCCUAGACACCGGCCUGCUGGUCGAAAAGGCGCACGUCAGCAGCGAAAUGCAGAGGAUGAUGGAUCGAGUCAUCGAAGAGACCGCACAGCGAGGUCAAGCCGAGAGCGACAAGAGCAAGAUCGAAGCCGAGCUGGACGAACUCAGCUCGAGCUUGUUCAGCGAGGCCAACAAGAUGGUGGCCGUCGAGCGACUUUCUCGUGCCAGGGCUGAAGAGAAGAGUGUCAACAUGGAGGAGCGCCUCAAGGACACCGAAGGCAUCAUGCUCGAGCAGCAAAAGGUGCUCACCGAUUUGCAACGCCAAGUGGAGAAGCUGCAGCAGGGUAGUGCAGCCUCAAAGAAGAGCGGCGACGACAGCGCAUCCAUCGUCUCUGUGGAGAGCGAAGCAGCCAGCUUCCACCGUCUCAAAUCAUCAUCGCUGGCUCGAUCCAUCUCUCAGCGAACAGCAACGCAGGAGCGCAGACACAAACCCACCGUUGAUCUCGCCGCGGAAGCUCGCCUUAUCAUCAACAUUGUGCCCUACCAAGAAUUCCGUGCCUUCAUCGCCCAUCUUCGCAAGAUUCGCAAGCAGCUCACGCCAUUCUGGAGCUAUCCGCUCACCCCUCACGCUGGCCGUGAGUCGCUGAAUGGCACGCCGACGCCACGGACCGCUUCGCCAGCGAUUCAGCAACCGGCGAAUAGCUCAGCGACAACAGCUGUGGCUUCGUCGUACAGUCAAGGGCUUGGCGGUGCGAUAGCAACAAGCUCGCCUUUCGCCAUCGCCGGCGUCGGCCGACACCGUGACCAUCCGACACUUCCCGCGAACGUCGAGAAUCUCGUCUCCCUGCCGAACCAGCUGUCGCUACCGUUCAUCAAGCGAUCACAAGAAGAAGAUAUCGAGCCGUGUCUGCGACUCGACUUUGCUCCUGGGCUCAACUGGCUCAGCAGGCGUUCCGUCAACACAGCUAUUCUCGAUGGCAACCUCCUCAUCGAGCCCCUCUUCUCGGGCAGCCAAACCAUCGACGAGGAUCAAAUUCGUCGAGAGAACGCGCACUUGCCGCCUGCGGGCUGUGCCAUGUGUGGCGUUUCCAUCGUCAAUGUUCCUCUGCCCGGUGCGAACGCUGCUACCGCCUCGUCUACUGAGGCAGGCGCUCGAACGUCUGUUGUGCCUAGUGGCAUUGCGGGCGCGCUCGGCUCCUUCACCGGGUCCAGCAGCGGUACCAAUUCUGGCACCGUCACACCAAAGCCCUCGCGAGGUGGACUCUUCAGCUCGUUCAGGAAAUCUUCAACCAACGUCAAAGCGGCAGAUGGGGACGCGGCAUCGGCAUUCCCCGAUACCGACGCAUCAGGGAGCGUGGCAAGCGAGGCGAUUGUGGUCGCCCACCUCCCCGUCCCCACACACAUUUUCCGCCUCGGCGACAGCUCUUCCACGCGCUAUCUGCUGUGCCCGCAGCACUGCCUCUGGCGUUUGCGCGCUGCCUGUCAGUACUGGGGCUUCAUCCGUCAUCUCGAAAGGACCGUGGUCAUUGAAGGCAAGUUUGCCAACGAGGAGCAGCAGAUUGUCGGCGGGAGCAUGUCGUCGCUCGAUCUGCCCAAGGAGAUCGCCGCUGUGCAGCCAGCCAAGAGUGCGCAGGUGGAGACACUGGAGAAGGCUGUAGCUGCGGAGAAUGGGGAGCUGACUGACUCCAACGACUCGGAAGCAGUGAAGCCGGAAGAGCAAGCAGAGGAAGCGACCGCAGAGAAGGGCGAAAACGCAGAAACGGCGGAGAAAGGUGCAGAUGGGGAGACACAAGACGACAAGACAGAGGCAGAAAAGAUUAAGGAGAGCGUUGAGGAGGAAGUCAAGACCGAGACCACCGCCGAGGCGGAGUCCAGCAACGAGAAGUCAGACGGGCAGAACGACACGCCGGACACUUCGUCUCACGACGACCACGACGGCGACAAGGACCACGCGGGGGACCACGACGACUUUGCCGACGCCGAAUCCUCACCCGUCACCAAAGACGUCGACCUCCAGCCCGACGACACGCCGGCCGAAACCGAAAAGGCUGCCGAAACAGAAAGACCUGCUGAAACCGAACCGCCCACCGACGCAGCCACCGAUCUCAAACCCUCCGAAUCGACCACCGGUAUCAUCGCUCCACCCCUCCCGCCCCGCUCGGUCGCCCGCGCCGCCAACCCCAUCCCACCCGUCAUCCCACCCCGUCGCCACCUCACCCCGGCGCUCCCCGCCCGCAAACCGACGUACACCCUCGCCCCGCCCCCACCCACCGCCAUCUACCUGCACAAGCUCGACAGCCUCGAAUGGGAGGAUCGCAUGUGGACCGAGGUGACCAAGCUCAAGGAGGAGUUGUGGCGUGCGCGCGUCGGGCUGGUUGCUGAGGAUGCCGAGGCGUCGUCCUAG